UGUAGUCCUUUUUGUACGAGGGUGACUUUAAUUUUGUUAAAUAUUCUCUUUCUUGUCGCUUCUCUUAUUGUAAUAGGACUCGGUGGAUUCUAUUACACCCAAACCUAUCCUUGUUUGUUAGGAAACUAUAUGAAGUUGUGUACUAUUUUGUUUAUAUCUUUAGGCUUUCUUCUGAUGCUUAUGUCACUAUUUGGUCUUGUUGGAGCCCUGAAGAAAAGCUAUGAAUACAUCGCAACCUUCACUGUCUUUAUCGUCCUUAUAACAACUGUGGAAAUUGGCAGUUCCACUGCAACAUUUUCGCUACGAAAAAUAGCAAGUCAUUCAGUGAGCGCGAGGAUGGUUAAGACCGAACACCAAUAUCUCUUCAACGCAACAGUUGCAAACGAAUGGGAUAGUAUUCAGAAAAGAUUCGCUUGUUGUGGAGUUCACAAACCAAGUGAAUGGUACAAUGUCUUGGGUAAUGGUACUGUUCCAGAUUCUUGCUGCAUUCACCCAACGGAAGGCUGCGGAAAUUACUCCAAAAAUCAGAGCUCUAUUUAUGAACAUGGUUGUUCGAAAAAGAUACUUUCUUGGAUGCAUAAACGUCAAAUUUAUUUUGGGACUACUUGUAAUAUAUUUGGAUUUUUACAGUUGGUUGGUGGUAUAUUCGCCUGUUCUCUCGCAAGCUAUAUUCGUGUUGGAGCUAUAUAAAACCAAUGACUAUUUUAAAUUCUAAUUUACUAAAACAAUUAUUUUCAGAGUACAACAUAUUGUAAUCCUAAUCAAAUUAUCGAAUUCUUAUAACCAUACCAUUGUUUAUAAAGCCUCACUGAUUUGGCUGUUCAGUUUUCGAAAAUUAUAACGAUUGUUAACAUAUUGUUGAGCGGUUCUGUUACAUAUAAAGAGUUCUCCAAGCUAAAUGAGUCUUUUGUUCUGCUUGUACCACGUUUAUGAUAUGUUGCGAGUGAACUAUGUGGUUUAAAGGAAAACACGAGAAACAAAUAAAUCCAAUGGAUCAACUGGAAAUCAAAAUUGCAUCACAAACGUCGCUUUUCGGAAA